AUGUCGGCUUUCAAAUAUUCCAUCAUCAUCACCGGCGGCACAGCCGGGAUGGGAUUUGAAGCAGCCGCCCAGAUGGCCAAAGAAUGCCCAGACCACCUCAUCGUCAUCACCUCGAGGAGCAGCAACGACGACGCAGCCGGCGCCAUCAACAAAUCCCUCGGCCAGACCAACACGCAGUUCCUCCCCAUCGACCUCGCCAGCCCGGCCGACGUGCGCCGCUUCGCCCGGGACUGGAUCGCCGACGAGACCAGGCCGCCCAUCAAGGCCCUGGUCCUCAACGCGGCGCUGCAGUUCCCCAACGCCCUGACCCUGACGCCCGACGGCAUGGAAAAGACCUUUGCCAUCGCCCACGCCGGCCACGCCCUGCUCUUCCACCUGCUGUUCCCCGCGCUGGUGCCGCGCGGCGCCCGCGUCGUGCUCACGUCCAGCGGCACGCACGACCCGGCGCAAAAGUCCGGCAUGCCCGACGCCGUCUACACCACCGCCGACGAGGUCGCCCACCCGCCCCCGCAGCGCGCCGCCCUGCCCGGCGCCGCGCACUACACCACCGCCAAGCUCUGCAACGUGCUGUGGGCGUACGCGCUCGCGAGGCACCUGGCCGACGCCGUGCCCGAGAGGGGCGUGACGGUCACGGCGAUGGAUCCGGGCCUGAUGCCCGGCACGGGGCUGGCGAGGGAGUACUCCGGACUGGCGCGCUGGGUGUGGCUCCACGUGCUGCCCCGGCUCAUCGGGCUGUUGAGGAUCGUGCUGUACCCCAACGUGCACACCGCUGAGGAGUCGGGUCGCAACCUGGCCAGGUUGGCCGUCGGGCCGGACGUCGAGGGGGUCACGGCGAGGUAUUUCGAGGGGAGCAGGGAGAUCAUGUCGAGCAAGGACAGCUAUUCGGAAAAGUACCAGGAGGAUCUAUGGGACUGGACCGUGAAUUUUGUGGCCGGGGGCGACAAGGCCGAGGUUGAGAGGUUGAACGCCUUCAGGUAG